UAGAUUAAGGACUGAAAUGUAGGUUCUUGCUUAAAAUCGCCUUCGAAACAAUGGAAAGAACAAACGUCAUUGCAUUCGCUAUGAUGUUUAUUGGCGCUUCUGUCCGUUGUCGAUGUAAAGAGGUGGGUCAAUAUUUAGGCAGCCUAAUGGGCAAAGGCUAUAGCCGAGCCAGCUACCGUUAUUGCACUGCCAGAUUUGCUCCACCCACCGUAUCUCGAAACACAUAGAAUAUAAUUUCCCGUCCAUUAUUUAAAAAAAUGAAUCCCGUGGGACGAUGAAAAGCUUUAGACAGAAGUAAAAUUAGCACAUUUUUCUUUUAUCGCCGUUGUCAGCUCGGCUUAAGCUCCAUUUAAACACAGGUUAGUAGCUGCAUUGUCCAGACGCACACUCUUAAAUAGCGGCCGGUAUCCUGGCAACCUACAAACGCUCGAACUUGGCAGAUUGCAGCUGAAGUACUUCGAGAGAAGGGAAUGCCAUUUCCAACGCAACGAAUGCCAAUGCACAUAACUUCACAUUGUUGUGGAAUAUCAGAUGCAACUGAAAAUGUAGUACACAUCUAGACAAUCUAGUGUGACAUACUAGUUGGACCGAAUACGGUGCCACAGCAGGACGCGUUUGCCAGUCCAUGAAGGUCUCAAACAGAAGACAGCCAGGAUGUCCACCGAGUACCAGCAAAACGGGACGGACGACGAGACUAGCAGCGAAAAGGUGAAACGCAGUGAUGUCGGGCCCAGCGUCCUCACGCACGGCCUGCAGCACCUGCAGCACUUCCCCAGCGGCGCCGCCCCCGUGCGUCACAUGACCCACGGCGAGGGCCCGGCGGCGGCCGUCCUCAGCCUGCACGGCGGGGGCGUGGCCAGGGCCUACCGCCCGGAGGACGGGCGUCUGCGCGCCGCCCUCCGCCCCCCCGUCGACUUCGCGGGCCUGACCGGGACGGGGCUGGCGGGACGGGUCGCCGGCUGGGGCCCCGGGGCCCGGCUGGCCCUGCUGGACGGCGAGCUGCGGCCCCUGGCCCGCGCCGCGGACCCCCCGGACGUGCGGGCCUGCCGGGCCUCCGCGCGGACGCUGGAGCUGGUGACGGCGGGGGAGGGGAACGUCUGCGUGUGGUGCCUGCACCACCUGCUCUGCAAGGUGCGGGUGCUGGAGGGGCUGGGCCCCCGGGACGUCUUCACCCUGCUGGCGCUGGCCCCGCCCGCCGCCGGCCGCCAUCACCGGGCCUACGCGGCGUGCGGGACCGCCGUCGCCCUCGUCGACCUGACGGAGGGGAGGCUGCUGGAGAGGAGGGAAAUCACAAGCAUGGUGCACUGCCCUCUGCUGGAUUGUCUGGUCACUGCAUCGAGAGACACGUCCAUCCGAGUGUGGGGUCCGGACUGGGCUCUGCUCAUAGCCUUCGUCAGCCACACAGACGUGGUGACCGCCCUGACCUCCUGCCCUCUGUCCGGCCUGAUCAUUUCGGCGUCUCUGGACGGGACGCUGCGAUGCUGGAGCUUGGAGGAGGGGGACCAGGUCCAGAUGGUGCACGUGGAGGGAGGGGCUCCCCCUUUGGGGCUGGGGGGGCCGGGGGCGGGGGGCACCUUCUACUCCUUCUCUGAGCGGGGCGUGGACUUCUGGGGCAUGAACAGCCUGUACCACCUGCACUGCAGGCUGGGCGCGGACGGGCACCACAGCGGGCACCGCGGCGGCCCCCUGCGCCAGGUCGUGGUGCCCCCCUCCCCCCCGCCCUUCCCGCCCCGGGCGCUGUGCGUCAGCGGCGGCGGGAGCCUGGCGCUGGUCGCCGUGGAAACGGGGGCGGUGCUCAGCUCCUUCGCCCCGGGGGCGGGCCGGAGGGUGAGGGGGGCGGACUACUGCCCGCACAGGGAAACCCUGCUGGUCCUGACCGAGGAAGGGGCGGUGCUGAGGGACGGGGACGGGGACGGACGGCCCCCGAGGCCUGGCCCGGCCUCCUGCCUGGCGCUAUACAGCGCCGUGACCGACCACAAGGAGGCGCUGGAAGACUGGCAGGCGCUCCGGGGGCUGGAGGACCUGCGCGCGGUUAAACGGAGGUCACGGCUCGACGCCAGGAACUGGUUCCUGGUGAUGCUGGGACAGGAGCGGGGGUGUGUGUCCGUGCUGAAGUGGAAUUCGGGGGAGGUGCUGCACAGAGCUCCAGCGCACAGCAGGCAGAAUGUCACCGCCCUGCUGGCCGACCCUGGGAAUGGCUACCUGUUUUCUGCAGGGGAGGACAGGACGGUGCAGGUGUGGAAGGUUUGCCCCCUCGCUCCUGACUGUCUGAGCCCCCACCUCAGCCUCCCCUGUGGGCAGCCGCCCGUGCGCUUGGCCUCCCUGGGACCCCUGCUGGCCCUGGCCUUACAGGAGCCCCACAGCGCCACCUACUGCCUGCUUCACGUAUGCCUGGAGACCCAGAGCACCACCGAGCAUCCGCCCAGCCAAGACCACCUGGACUGCAUCACGGGGCUUUGUGCGUGUCCUCAGUUGGGUGUGCUGGCCUCCAGUAGUCGGGACGGGACCAUCCGCAUUUGGGACGAUGAGAACCGUCUCCUCAGAAUCCUUCAGCUGAACGCGGAGCCAGAGUGUCUGGCGUACUGCAGGCAGAGUGGGGACCUGCUGCUGGGGAUCAGGGGUGACCUGUACAGGAUCCCCAAAAACCAGCUGCUACCCUCCGACCUCCACAUACAGCUCCUUUGUGCUGAGCAGUUUGAACCCCUAAUGGACCUUCCUAUCCCUGAAACCAGGAGAGACAGAAGCACACACAGGUGUGCCAGUUCCUGUGAGGAAGGUGAGGAGGGGCACAGCCAGGCGGAGGAGACCACAGAUACGGAGCACUCAGCCCUGCUCGCUCGGAGCAGGGAUCUCCAGGCCCUCCAGCAGGGGGCGGUGCUGCCCGGCAAGAAGAAGAAGAAGCUUCCCGCCACCCGUCGGAUGAAGAGAGAGGCCUUCGCGCGCUACCUGAAGCUUGUGUUCCCCGAGCCGCUCAGAACUGAGAUCCCAAUGGAGCUGGAGGAUGCGUUUGGCCUGCAGGGGGUGCUGUUCCCUCCCAGACGGCCCACAGAACUCCGCCCCCUACCACCGCAUCGAGGUGGGGCUGCCAGUGCCUCUCUCCAGAAGUCCCUUUGGGGGUUCAUCCCCAAUUCUGUGGUGCUGGCAGAGCUGUGGCCGGGCAUGAUGGGGGAGAACGCCCUCCCGCAGACACCCUGGGCCCUGAGGGACGGCCUGGGCCUGCUCAGUGAGGACGACGUCGGUGAGGUGAAGCUCCUGGUGUGUGAUGAUGAUGAUGAUGAUGAUGAUGAUGAUGGUGGUGAUGACAGUGAGCUGAAGCUUCGCCACCUGCUGGAGAAGCAGGACGCCCUUCUGAGACCGGUGACCCCUCCCGCCCCUCCAACCCGGCCCGUGGUGGAGAGUGUUCAGCCCAGAUUGAGGGUCCCCAAAUGCCCCCGCACUGUGAGGCGUAGGAAAGCAGACUCUCCACCACCCCCCACCCCAAAACCUCCAACCCCCUCCCCACUCCGCACUACCCCUCCCAAACCCCCUCCACCGCCUACUCCACCGCACCAGUCUCCCGUGCCCCACACCCCCCCACCUCGGCCCCUGCCACCGCCCUCGCCACCACCCCCACCUGCACCUCCGCUGCCCCCCAGUCCCCACCGUGAGGAACCCCAGCCUCCAACACCCCCGUGCCCUAUCCCAGAGUUCCUCAGCCCGUUUGUGGACCAGGGCUGGUUCCAGGAAGUCUUCCCAGAGCACAGCCUGUUGCACAGCUCUCUCAGCCCCGAGGCCUUCGCCCUGCUCCUGCUUCAGAAGCUCAGCUGCUGCCAGGCUGGGUCCAGGACACACAUCCUGAAUGCACUUAUGCAGCUCCUCAGACAGGGGGUGCUGAAGAACAGCAAGCAAAUCUCUGCUGGCCUUACUGACCUGCUGCAGAUCUUUGCCACAUCAGACAUGUCACAGGAGGACAGGCGCUUUGUCUGUGAGCUUCUCAAAGCGGUGGUGUCUGUGGGCUCCGACAGCACUGACACCGUGGUGGAGCUACUGACCAUUCUGGCUCACAAGGAACUGGGGCUGCAGGGUGCCGUGCUCCGCCUGUUGAAGUCGACGGGCGUGGAGGAGGCGGAGCCCUGGCUCAGUUUGGAGGUGGCGACCUGGCGCUCUGGGACGCGGGCGGAGCCCGAGCACACCUGGGCACACCUGAGGCAGGUGGCUGCCCGCUGGCUGGACUUCUGGACCUGCAAGUACCAGCAGGACAGGGCCCUGCUCCUGAAAGGUGUGGAGGAGAAGCAGUCCUUCGCCCCUGUGGACGUCCUGCGAUUCUUCUGCACCAUGCAGAGAGAGAACCAGAACCAGAACCGCCCACCGGCACCAGCACCGGCACCACCUGCUCCAGAGGGCCGCAAAGACACCGUGCUGCGCCAUCAACACUUACACAGGAAGCCGAUCCUGCGUCUGGGAGAGACUCACAGUCUGGCCAGAGCACGACAAACUAAGAGAGCGGCCCUGCCCCCGCUGCCGCACCGGCCCCUCCUGGAGGGCUUCGUCCCGUUCAUCUCCCUCCCGCUGCCCCGGGUCAGCCUGUGCCCCUUCCCCUGCCUGCAGGACCGGCACUGGCCAAAGGGGGCGCUGCAGCGCCGCUACUUCAUCCCAGAGCACUCCUGCACAGAUUACUACAGAUGAGCAGAAACGGCCCUCACAACCGACAGUGCUGGAGUCUAAAAUCUCAGGCGUAAACCCCUAAACCACAGAUCUGCAUUACAACUGCAACAGCUAUCAGAAUCCGUGACAUAAGAGACUAGCUGUUCCAGUUGUAAUGCAGUUGUGUGGCCUAGAGGGUUUAAACCUGUGGUUUAAACUCCAAUUAAGCAAGCUGCAAUGGACCCAGUCAGACUAAUGAGCACCAGGCACCGCAUUGUGGAUACAAGGAAUCACUGCCUGGGUACAUUAAAAAAAAUUUUAA